AUGUCUAUUCAGAUCACUGACGGCCAACGUGGAGAGGUGGAGAGGCUGGCAGACCUGAUGGCAGAUAUGUUAACGCUAGGGGAGGCUAGGGCCACACCAAUUCAAGAGAAGGAUGCAACAGUUACUGCUAAUGUUAAAGUAGCAUCCUCUUGGAGGAAUGAAACUCGCACCAGCCCUCCCGCCUCUGAUGGACAACAAUCUGUCAUAACUAAACCCUCCCCAACUGCCAAAACUCCUCCACACCCUUCUUGCAAAGAACAGAAUCUGGUCACUGAUAAGAUAAUUGGUGGUGAACAAAGAGAAGUGGAGAAGCUGACAGACUUAAUGCCAGAUAUAUUGACCCGUAGGGAGGCUCGUGUACAUGUUGCAUCCUCUGUGACAGCCAACACUGCUGCCUGAUACACUUCUGCUGGACGGCAUACUGUCACUACUGUUCCCUCUGUCACAGUCAAGGAUCCUGCCAAUUCCUCUUGUCAGACAGAG